AUGGAUUCAUUAAAUUCAGAGCAUGGGCAUAUUGUUGAGGUAGCCAUUGAUGCGCCGGCUGCAGAAAAGGGUUUUGGUGGAAACAAAGUAUGCGGAGAGGCACCGUGUGGUUUUUCUGAUGCCAAGACUAGUUCCAGGGAUGCACAAGAGCGUUCAGCUUCCAUGAGAAAACUUCUGAUUGCAGUUGUGUUGUGCAUUGUAUUCAUGAGUGUUGAAGUUGUUGGUGGUAUUAAAGCCAACAGUCUCGCAAUUUUGACAGAUGCAGCUCAUUUGUUAUCUGAUGUUGCAGCAUUCGCAAUAUCGUUGUUUUCUCUAUGGGCGGCAGGAUGGGAAGCUACCCCACGACAGUCCUAUGGAUUUUUCAGAAUAGAGAUAUUGGGGGCACUUGUUUCCAUUCAGUUGAUAUGGCUUCUUACUGGGAUUCUUGUCUAUGAAGCCAUUUUUCGGCUCACACAUGAUUCAGGUGAAGUUAAGGGCUUUCUGAUGUUUCUUGUUUCGGCUUUUGGAUUACUAGUGAACGUGAUUAUGGCUCUCAUGCUGGGACAUGAUCACGGACAUGGUCAUGCACAUGAACAUGGCCACGAUCAUGGACAUCGUGAACAUGAGCACCAAGAUCAUGGCCAUGAGGAUGACCACUUGCACACCCAUGGAGUGAGCAUAAUCAGCCAUUAUAACCAUCAUGAGGGAGAAACCAAACACGAUGAGCAUCAUCAUAUACAUGAUGAACACCUUGAAGCACCUUUGAUUAAGAGUUCCUCAGAAGCUGAAAGUAAACCAAAAGGUAGCCAUAAACAGAAACGGUGGAAUAUUAAUGUUCAGGGGGCUUACCUUCAUGUGCUAGGAGAUUCCAUACAAAGCAUUGGGGUUAUGAUUGGUGGUGCAGUUAUCUGGUAUAAACCAGAUUGGAAAAUCAUUGAUCUGAUUUGUACUCUCAUUUUUUCUGUAAUUGUGUUGGGCACUACCAUUAAGAUGCUACGCAAUAUUCUUGAGGUUCUUAUGGAGAGCACUCCGAGAGAGAUUGAUGCAACACAGCUUGAAAGGGGUCUUUGUGAGAUGGAGGAAGUUGUUGCAAUCCAUGAAUUGCAUAUAUGGGCUAUUACAGUGGGGAAAGUUUUAUUAGCUUGCCAUGUUAAAAUUCGUCCAGAAGCUGAUGCUGACAUGGUGCUGGACAAAGUCAUCAGCUAUAUCAGGAGCGAAUAUAACAUCAGUCAUGUCACAAUUCAGAUAGAAAGAGAAUAUAUCUGA